CGCUAUUUGAGAGUUAAGCAAUAGACGAGCUGUAUGAUGACUCCUACGGGUAUAUUUUAGAUGUAGACGCAACCUAUUUAAAUCGCUUCCGAACAUAUUUCGCGAGUUGACUCGGCUGCGCUGUCGCAGCGGCUGUGACUGCGUUGCUGUUGCUAUGGCGACGCAGCCUGCGCGCGGUGCAUUCGUGGGGGGAUCUGCAGAGGUUUUGAGGAGGUGAGCGCCGGUCUGACCGCUUUUUCAAUCUCAAAAUGACUUCCCACAGUGACUCAGAAAUAUUCCGGUAAGCAUUCUUAUCCGAGGAUAUACUGUACAACUGAUGUAUCCAGUAUGGAAAGUGUGUUAAUUUGAGGUCUACCAGGCCGUAUGCAACAGGUCUUGCUUUGGAAUCAGUAGACUAGCAAAGCUCAAAUAUGUCUUCGGCAGAAAAGAAGUUUCAGAAAUAUGAGCCUUUUUACUUGAGCCCCUCACCAAGGAGGAAGACAAGCGCUGAGAUCAUCAGUGAGGCCCGGAGGUCUCUCCGGUCAGUCAAGACGCAAAGGCCCUUCACACCCAGGUAUGAGGAGAGGCAGCUGUUUGGACCGACCUCCUGUCGAACUUCUGCGGACCGACCCCCUUCGUCUUUCAGUCUUCAUGCUCGUCAUUUCGAGACAGCUGACUCAAGACCCGGUUCAGGUAAACGUCUUUCGCCCCUGGAACAUAAACCCAAACUGCCUAUUUGUCCGGAUCCUGAUCUUGACACCUCUCCACCUCUCCCCAAACCUCCGGCUGAUCCUCUGGAGCUCAACAGAACAAGCACAGCUCGGGCUCGCUUAUUCAAAGCUGGCUCCCUGGGAAUGCUUCCCCCCAUGAUGCAGCCAGAAGAACUUCUGAAGAGGCUGAAUUCUGAACCUUCUCUUGCAAAACCUGAUACUUCAUUGGCUAUUGAAGAAGGACUUUCAAAAGGAGACAGGACCCUCCUACAGAUCAAGCCCUCUGAAGAUGAAGACAAUGAAACAGGAGUUCUUUCCCAUGUCAAGUGUGAGAAAAUUGUAUCAUCCAGACCCGGGAGUGGGAGUGGCCCCACUAGAUCCCCCAGCGACACGUCUUCUCGUCCGUACAGCGCGGACAGCCGGGCAGUGGGAGGAAGGACAGAAUCAAAUAAUGGACCUAGAACAACUGAAGAUGAAUCUGAGGAAAGCUUCGUUUGGAAAUCUAGGAUCAUCCCUGUUCUCCAGGAGCUUGAAUCACCUACCCAUGGCAAUAGUUUGGAGCAGCUGUGUGAUGCCUGUGAUAGACUACACCGUAUUCUGGAUGAGAGCAACUUGCUGGGCAGAAAGUGCAGGAGAAGAGCAAUUUUGCUGAAAACUCUGUUUAAAUUGAUUGAUAUGGGCUCAGACCAGCUUAAUCUACAGCUUACCAGACUGAUUCUGGCUCUCAGUGUCACUGGAAAUAAUCUCCUGAAUGUUUGCAAACUUAUAUUUAAAAUCAGCAGGAGUGAGAACAAUGACAGUCUUUUCCAAAACAGUUCUAUAAUAGAUUCUUUGCUAUCGGUCCUCUGCUCUGAAAACAUCUUCUCUAUUGCCGAGGCCCUCCUGUACUGCAUGGGCACUUUGAAAUUCCUCUCAGGAAACAGCUCGAUCCUCAAGCUCCUCCAGAACAAAGGUGCUGUCAGCAUUUUGCUGCACCUGACCAAGAAGCUCAAUGAUGCAAACAGGCUGGACAAAACAAACUUCACCAUCUCAGGACACAUUCUGGUUCAGCUGACAGCUACCCUAAGAAAUUUGGCUGACCUUCCCCAGUCCCGACUGGAAUUCCUUUCUAACAGUGGAUUUCCAGAACUCUGUGUAAUAUUGGAGCAACACAGCAAUGACAAGGAUAUCUGCAUGAACGUAGCCAGAGUAUUGAGGUACUUUACUAAGACGAUGUUGUCAAGCCUGAGGGGUUUUCUCUACACCGGCUGGACAGGGAUCCUGAAAGCACAGGACUUGGUGGUUCGUAUUGUUUUCACUCUUGGAAACCUGACAGCAAAGAACAACGAGGCUCGAGAACAGUUCUUCACAGAAAAAGGAAGCGUUGACACGCUUCUGGGGCUUUUCCACACUUACCUGGAGAUGGGUUUCACGCCAGAAGACUGCUCCAAAGAUUGCAGACAGAAUAAUCAAAGACGUCCCUCAGAGGUGGAGGAUGUUCUCAUCAAGUUGAUUAGAGUUCUUGCAAAUUUAUCAAUUCACCCCACUGUCGGCACAGCACUUGCUUCUAAACAAGAGUGUAUUGAUCUACUUGUUAAAGUACUCGAGUACAAAUCGAUUGAUGAAUGUGAGGAGCUUGUGAUCAAUGCUGCAGCCACCAUCAACAAUCUAUCAUAUUACCCAGCUGAAAACUCUGUGGUGAGGGCCAAACAGCUUCAUAUUGCCGAGUUACUCCUACGGUUGCUGCUGAGUAAUAAUAUGGAGGCAGUGCUGGAGGCAACUCGUGUGUUUGGAAAUUUCUCACAAACUAAGGAAAUCCGGGACUUUAUUCUGCAAAAGCAUGUUUACAAAUUCAUGACUGUGCUGCUGGAUUCAAAGAAUCAGGAUGUUUGCUUCUCUGCUUGCGGAGUGCUUAUCAACCUCACAGCAGACAAGACCAGCAGAACGAUACUGAGAGAAGGAGGAAUACAGAAGUUGAUCGAUUGCCUGAGAGACUUUGGACCAGUGGACUGGCAGUUGGCGGGUCUUGUAUGUAAGACCCUGUGGAACUACAGUGAGGAAAGUGCAGCUUUCAGCUUUGGAGAAGAGGAGACAAAAUCACUGCUUCAGCUUCUUUCUGUCUUUUUAGAUGAAAACAUAGCCACCCACUGGAACUUGAGCGAAGACUUCAAAGAGUUCCACAAGGCAUGCUGGGAAACGGAGUUUGUCCCAGUGGCUCAAAAGCUGAUGAACAGGAUCCAGAACCAGUACUCUGUCCUGGAGCCACUUGGCACUCCGUCAUAGCAAAGUCAGUUUCCGUAGACAGGGCAUUAAGAGCCCUUCACACUGGGUUAGCCUUUAUGCACUUUAAUAUCUAUUAUGUGGUUUUCACAUUGCUCAGUUUAGAUGGCAUAUACAAUAAGAACAUUUAUAAAUGAAACUCUUCUUCAGUCUUAAGGAAAAUCAAAAACAUAAAUUGCAGUAAGUGUGAACAGUCAAUGCUGCACAUUCUUUAACAUAAUUGUAAAUAUACAGUGUAUUAUGUGAAGAUAAUGUGUAUUUAAUAAUGGAAAUAAGGAAAAUGUGUUGAGAUAGACCUGACUGGUGGUUUUACUAGUUUGUUAUAAAGUGCAAUAAUAUAUUCAUAGACAAGUGGUAGUAAUUUUCUACUGGCAUGGUGUGAUAUCAGCACAAAACCUUUAAGAACAGAAGAUGUACUGUUAAGUGAGUCAUCAAAUGCAUGGUGGGAGAAGUGUAGUUGUGUUAGGUGAUUAGGUAACAUUUCACUUCUCCAUUAUAAUCAUCUCUAAGCACUCUAUUAACAUGCUAUUGAUAAUAUUCUAUACAGAUUUAAAACAUAGAUUGUUUUGUGACUAGCAUGCAGCUAAUCAACAUUAGUUUAUUUCAAUUUUCACAUUGUUAAUACUUUUCUAUUCCAUUAAUAAAAAUGUUGGCAAUGGCUCUUGUAACCCCUAAUUCAAAGUGUUAGGGAUACCGACGACUUUACAAUUAUUCCUGAUCAGCCACCAAAUUGUAAUCAAAUACCUGUCGCUAGAUUAGACAAUAUGAUAUAAUUUAAUAAUUGAAAUAAUAUUACAUUAUUGAACAAACAUGACACUGAUUUGUGAUAUAUCACUAACCAGAACCCCUGUUAAAAGUUUUUUGAAACACUAGUAAUAAACAAAAUUAUACUUGAAGUGUUAUUUCAUAACACAAUAUUGACUGUCUUAUUACUGUUCUCUGAUGAAGCUAUUGCUGCCAAUAACAAGGACUAUGUGAUUGGAUGCAGUAAUGUUACUGGAGUUUUAGUUAGAGGGCAUACUGUAGUUGGCUACAAAAAGUGUUUACUUCUAAUGUUAAAACAUUAAGUGAGAACAGCAGAUAAUCAGCUAUAUAACAUUUAAGACGAAUUUGUUUUUAUUUUACACUUUGCAUUUCAAGAUGACACACUAUGUGCUUAAAACUAGACUGAAUAAAAACAUGAACUCUACAAAUAAGGAUAGUUGUGUUUUUGUCUUAUGACCCAUUUGCUGUUGUCCUUUCAGGCAUCACGUGAAUCUUCCAUUUUAAUUUUUCCGCAAGCUUGGAGGAGUGCUUUAUUUUUUUUAAUCUGAAAAAGGAGGGUGAAACAAACUCAUUUCCACAGUUUGAAGUGCUAUGAUCUUGGCAUCUUAUGAUUUUUUCCAUUUCAUCUUCAAGUAUCUGUAGAGAAACAUUUAUGCUUGCUUCACAAGAAGUGAUUUUAAAUAUGCUUUCUCACACUGUUGCUUGUAGUCUUUGUUACAAGAUGCAUUAGGAUGUGUAAUUUGAAGUUAAUAUACAAGUUUUCCAGUUUUGAGUUACAGUGCAAGGAGAGUCAUAAGUGGGACAGCAGCUGGGCUCUAAACAUUUUCUGAACCCGAUUGAAGUGCCUCUCCUACAGAUCAUCUGAGUCAUACUGCAUUCAUUUUAGGAGACAAAGUAGUAGGAAAAAAUGUCUGUGAUCAUAGAAUACUGAGGACAGUGCAGUUGUGCAUGAAAAUUGACUAGCUCCCCCACACUGGGAUUUUUAAGCCAUUGCAGUUAUUAAUGAGAAACCUAUUAUUUUUCACUACUUAAAUGACAACCUAAUAAGUGAUUGGCACGUCAACCUACUUUUUACAGAGUUCAGCUUUGUGAAAACAAGGUUAAAAUAUGUAAAAUUACUUUUAUGGUGCACUUAAAGGUAUUUGGUUCUUCAUUAUUCUAUCUCUCUCUUCUAUACUCUAUAUUUGCACAUUACAUAAUAUACUAUCAAUCCAGGAGAGUAAACACUUCUGUGUUUGGCCAUUCAUAGUAUGCUUGUGCAUUUCUAAUACAUAUUUGUAAUGAUACAGUACAUAAGAAAAGGACCUGUGUUUAUAUAGAGCUAUCCAAGUUCUACUUGCAUAUAAGUUGCCAUCUCAAACACAGUACUGUGGCAAUGGUGAGGGAACUGGAGAAAUGAAACAUGAAAUGCAUUAAAUACUUUAUAGUAUGUCAUUUUAUUUUUUCAACAUUGUGUUUAUUUGAAUAGCACAGUAAUAGGAGAUACAAUAACACUGUAUUGAGCUUAUGUGUCUGUUUAUCAAAUAAAAACCCACAAAACAACAGCUGGUCCUGCUUUUUUGGCUGCACAAAUACAGAACUGUUCUUCAGUUUUUGACCUUUCAUUUUGGUAUUAAUGAAAAAACAGCCAUCAAAAAUAGCAGGAUAAAAA